AUGGACCAGAUUAAGUUGGUGAUCAGCGGUGCCGGCGACAAAGUGGCGGGUGCGGCCAGCGAUGCCAGCAAGAAGUUGGCCAGUGUGACGGGCGACAAGAAGGGCGCAACGAAGACGGAGGCCCCAGCGUCUUCCGACGACGCGCUCACCCCUGGGGUGACCCCGACAUGUCCGAGUCUGACCAAGAAGCAGAGACUGGUCGGCUUUGCGUCCUGCUUCGUGCUCGGGUACAUCGUGAGCUUCGGGUCGACAUUUGCCUUGAUCGCGGGCUCCGAUAAUGGCACAAAGUUCGGAAUCACCUACAGUCUGGGCAACAUCAUCUCACUAUGCGGAUCGGGUUUCCUCGUGGGUCCGAAGCAGCAGGUGAAGCUCAUGUUCAAGCCCGUGCGUCGCAUUGCGACCGUCAUCUAUCUACUGAUGAUUGCUGUGGUUUUCACUGUUGCCCUCGCGGUACGAACAUGUACCCUGCUGUAUUUGUGA